UGAGAUUGAUGUGAGUGAGAUCAAAAUCAGGUUUUUCGUAGAAAACAAGCCUUAGAUGUAAACAGAUCUGAGGCAGUGAGACAUCACAUAAAUCAUCACCGGAUUACGCUGGUCAAUCGGAUCCGUUUUGAGUGCAUCAAUCUCUGUUACCUUUGUUGGACGGAAUACUGAAAGCUUGAAUUGAGGCGCUAGCAAUCAGGAGCGAGAAACUCAAGGAGAUGAAAAACUUCAUGGUGGAUGACUUUGAAAUCUGCCCAAGGAGUGGGAGUUCCAUCACUCAUGGGAAGCCCAUCUAUCGCCAUCUGGGUGGCGUGAACUCCAUUGAAAGCCCAGGAACCAACGGCUUUUGUCAAUGACGGAGAGGAACGUAUCAGCGAGACUCUGCGAGACACUUUCGUUUCAAAUGCACCAACGCCAGCCUUCACAGAUCCUAAAACAAAUAGAGAAGCCAAACUUUGGGGAGACAAAAAUAAUAUUAGUAGUCUUUGGAUCCUUGUCGCUGCCUUUCUGCCAACAAACGGAUCAGCCGAGUGAAAUGAAGACUAAUGGCACUCAUUAGUCACGAGGUCUGUCUAAUUGAUCAUGCAUCGAACUUCUAACUUCGAAAGUGGAACUACUCAUUCAAGAUGAAUGGUAACGGAACCAACUCUUCUUGCCCAUUUGGGGGCUCUGAUCCAAUCACACCCCUUUUGGUGACGGUUCAAUCGGUGAUUGCGGUCAUGGCCAUCUUUGGGAACAGCAUGAUCCUGUUCUUGAUCUUGUUCCACAAACAUAGUGUCCAUUGUUCCACAUCACUUCAACAUCACUCGGCCACCAACAAUCUAUUCGUGGCGGCCUUGGCCUUCUCGGACCUUUUGGUGGGCUUCAACAUUCCGUUCUACAUCACGUUCUACUUUGACGUGCCCUACAAGUGUAAUCGGUCUGUUUGUAUGGUGCGAUAUGUGGUGGCGUUGUAUGUGACGGUGUUAUCAGUGUUGCUAUUACUUGGUGUGGCCGUCGAUCGUUAUUUGGCCAUCGUUCAUCCGCUCAAAUAUCACAAAAUCAUGCGGUUUCGCCUUGCCAAAAGAAUCAUAGCGUUCGUGUACAUUUACGUGGCCAUCAUCGUUUUAGCUCCCUUAUACAGCUCCUUACAAUGGGAUAAACCGGAGGAAUGCGAUCUCGUUUAUGUACUUUCGUUCAAUUAUACCUUUUUUGUGGUUCUGUGCCAUGUCUUCUUGACCUUGGUGGUCACACUUAUCCUCUACUAUAAGAUUUUCCGAGAGGCAUGGCAGCAACUUCAAUCUGCAUUCACUUUGAAGGCCAUUCAAAUUCAUCAAGAGGCCAAAACCACGAAGAUGAUGGUUCUCAUCCUGAGCGUCCACAUGUUUAGCCUCAUCCCCUACCUCAUUGUGGUCAUUAUGCGAUACUAUUGUUCGGAGGACAUGGCUGGCUCCCUCAGUGACGCCAAAAAGGUCGUGGUCAUUUUUUACUUUGGAAAGUCCGCUGCUAAUCCGGUCAUCUACGGGUGGAAGAAUAAGGAAUUAAGGCAUUCGUUUAUACGGCUAGUUUUUGGAUCUGACCAAUCCCAUCGCCACUCGUCAGCCAAAAUGUGUUUUCUAGAUCACGUGGGCGUGGCUCUGGUGGCCACUACACAAAUUUGGAAUGCCAAGAAAACGGAUAAGACACGAAAACCAGUUUCGGAAGGUGACAAGGAAUCGUUUAGUCGUAAUCUUCAACACAAUGCGCGGGAAUUCUACAGCCUUGAUGAAUCGACCAUGAUCCCUCGGGACAGUUGUCAAGUGGAAUUAGUCAAUAUUCUCAACCUCUGCGAAAGCGAAACUCAAUCAGAAACUACAAAACUGUGAAUAUGGAAUGGACUUUUUGAUAAAACAUUAACAAAGAAUAUACCUCAAAGACCCCAACUUAUUAAACUUCUGUCACGCAAGUUGC